CCAGUGCCUGCCCCCCACCCAUCACUGUGCUGCCCCCUAGGGUGGAUUUGGGAUGGAUUUGGGGUCCCUGACCCCAUUUGUGUCCCCCCUUUCCCAGUGCCUGCCCCCCACCCGUCGCUGUGCUGCCCCCCGGGGGGGCCCCAGCUGGGCCCCAAGCGCCCGGGCCGCGCCCGGAGCCUCCUCGGGAACCAACGGAAACGCAGGAAGUCAGCGACCCCCGACCCCAAGGAGAAACAGACCUGCGACAUCCGCCUGCGCGUGCGCGCCGAGUACUGCCAGCACGACUCCGCCCUGCACGGCAACGUCUUCUCCAACAAGCAGGACCCUCUGGAGCGCCAGUUCGAGCGCUUCAACCAGGCCAACACCAUCCUGAAAUCCCGGGAUUUGGGCUCCAUCAUCUGCGACAUCAAAUUCUCGGAGCUCACCUACCUCGACGCCUUCUGGCGGGAUUACAUCAACGGCUCGCUGCUGGAGGCGCUCAAGGGCGUCUUCAUCACGGACUCGCUCAAACAGGCCGUGGGCCACGAGGCCAUCAAGCUGCUGGUCAACGUGGACGAGGAGGAUUACGAGCUGGGCCGCCAGAAACUCCUCAGGAACUUGAUGCUCCACACGGCUCCCUGAGGGAUUUGUUGUUUUUUUCUGUUCUUCCCGGGUUUUUUUUUCCGUUGUUUUGGGUUUGUUUGGUUUUUUUUUUUUCUC